CGGCACGCCCCGCGGGGCUCCGGCAGAGGCGGCGCGGCGACUGUGCGGGCGGCCGAGGGCGCCGCCGGGCCGGGGGCCGAGGCGCCGUGCAGCCCCCCGUGCGCCCGGGCUCUGCGGAUCAGGAGUUGGAAGGCUGCACCUUCCCUUCCUCCCAGCCCUGCCUCCUUCUGCAGAGCGGAGCUCAGUAGAACUUUGUUGUUUUGCCUUUUACUCUGCGGGGAGAGAAGCGGACGAUGAGGAGAAAAUAAUGAAUGUCAAAGGAAAAGUGAUUCUGUCAAUGCUGGUUGUCUCCACUGUGAUUGUUGUGUUUUGGGAAUAUAUCCACAGCCCAGAAGGCUCUUUCUUGUGGAUAUAUCAUUCAAAAGGAGAAAACCAAGAUUCAGAGAGGGAAAAGGUCCCAUCAUGGUCGUACUACCAAAACCCAGAAGUUGGUAACAGCAUAAAUCAGAAGCACUGGUGGUUUCCGAGCUGGUUUAAUAAUGGGACCCGCAUUUACAAAGAAGUGGAGGACACAGAUGAAGAUGAACGAGAGGAAAACAACGGAGAGCUUCAGCUAUCAGACUGGUUUAACCCACAGAAACGUCCAGAGGUGGUGACGGUGACCGGAUGGAAGGCGCCAGUCGUGUGGGAAGGCACUUACAACAGCACCAUCCUAGAAAAUUAUUAUGCCAAACAGAAAAUUACCGUGGGUUUGACAGUUUUUGCUGUUGGAAGAUACAUUGAGCAUUACUUGGAGGAGUUCUUAGUAUCUGCCAAUAGGUACUUCAUGGUUGGCCACAAAGUCAUAUUUUACAUCAUGGUGGACGAUGUCUCCAGGAUGCCCUUGAUAGAGCUGGGUCCUCUGCGUUCCUUCAAAGUGUUUGAGAUCAAGCCUGAGAAGAGGUGGCAGGACAUCAGCAUGAUGCGUAUGAAAACCAUUGGGGAGCACAUUGUGGCCCACAUCCAACAUGAAGUGGACUUCCUCUUCUGCAUGGACGUGGACCAGGUCUUCCAAGAUAGCUUUGGAGUGGAGACGCUGGGCCACUCGGUGGCUCAGCUGCAGGCCUGGUGGUACAAGGCAGAUCCCGACGAGUUUACCUACGAGAGGCGGAAGGAGUCUGCAGCCUACAUUCCAUUUGGCCAAGGGGAUUUUUAUUACCAUGCAGCCAUUUUUGGAGGCACACCCAUUCAGGUCCUAAACAUCACCCAGGAGUGCUUCAAGGGAAUCCUCCAGGACAAGAAAAAUGACAUAGAAGCCGAGUGGCAUGAUGAAAGCCACCUGAACAAGUAUUUCCUUCUCAACAAACCCACUAAAAUCUUAUCCCCAGAAUACUGCUGGGAUUAUCACAUAGGCCUGCCUUCGGAUAUUAAGACUGUCAAGAUAUCUUGGCAGACAAAAGAGUAUAAUUUGGUUAGAAAUAAUAUCUGACUUUAAACUGUGCUGGUAGGCUUCUGAAUUUGAGAGAGUAUGAUUCUGGCAACUUUCUCAGGAGAGUAACACUUAACUUUUAAACAAUACUAACAAAACACCAACACCACAAAUACUUACUUGUAACUUUGAAUUUCGCAGUAUGGGAGAAUGAACCUAUGGUAAUCAGGUGUAAAUUCCCAGUGAUUUCUAUUUAUUCUGGGUUUGGGGGAAAUAC